AUGACCUUCAAUGAUGAUUUGUUGGUAACGUGCAGUCGGGAUGACAAUAUAAAAUUAUGGCGACUGUCUGGUGAAGAUGCAAGGAAUUCUCUUGAAAGCGAAGUACAUGUAGGAAAUGGUGUACUGCUGGAUUCGCUCAAAUCACAUUCCACUGCCUCCAAUAUUAUUGCUGCCACUUCUCUAGGCGACGCUUACGUUAUCGAUAUUGAAAAGAAUGUGGUUGCAACAAAACUCGGCGGUUUUGUGGAUAAAGGUCAAUCAGUGGACUGGAGUGAGGACGGAAAGCUUCUAGCAAUCAGUGCUGAUAAGGGACGU